CGUAACAACAUCUAGAUUCUAGAACAACAAUAACAACAAAAACAGUUUAACAUUUAUCGCAUGACCUGAUGGUUAGAGUAGCUUCGUUAGUCAGAGAAAAGCAGCGAUCAAGUGUGGAAGCAUGACCAGCAUUGGUGUAUUGAAAUUUACAAUCAUUGCAUCACUAUGUGUUUUCGUGAAAGGACGAUACAGUCACGUGUCCUGUCAAGUUGUAGAAAAUAAAUGGUGCACUGUUCAACGACUUCAAAUCACCGACCGGACAAAUGUUCGCAGUUUAGUGUUUCCAGACGACCGAUAUGAGAAAAUUCGUAUUGGACAAUACUACAGUUUCAUCAACACAGACAGCAUUAUUGUUAUUUUUUCUGGUGAGCUGUUCUACCGCAUGCGACGUGUUCGAUACCUACACAUGAAUGGUGUACGUAUGGUAGGACUUGAUAUGCCCGAUACCAUUAUAGAACUGGAUGUGUCAGACAACUGGCUCUCCCGGGUUUACGUUGAUCCGGAAAAGAGAUACAAUCUGCGGAAAUUGAUCAUGCGCAACAACCUUCUCACAAACAUAGCUGGCUUCAAGUACCUCAUCAAGUUGGAAGAGCUGAAUCUCAGUGAAAAUAUGUUGCAUACAGUGAACUUUGUUGUUUUUUCUUUUAUACCGUACAUACGUUUAAUUGAUCUAGCACGCAAUCGUAUUUUAUUUACAAGUGGUGGUCAGAGUGUGAUUUCACUUGAUUUUCUCGAAACACUGAACAUGGCAGAAAACAAGUUUACCACACUAGAUAUAGGAGUAUGGCUUUUUCCUUCACUGUUAACGUUAAAUCUUACAGGAAAUCCUAUCGGACUAUUAUCUUUGUCAAAUCAUUACUCCUUUCCGCGCUUGACAAAUAUUUUACUAUAGUAAUUUUCUGGAUUUUUUGAACAGUAAAUAGUUCUUUUUUUUUAUUCAGGAGUAACGGUCCAAAAGGCCGUAUUGCUAGUAUAUAGUUCUUAAGAUAUGAACAAUUAAAGGUGACAUGAUUUACCGUUUGUAAGCCUAAUGUAUUAAUGUAGCUUUAUAAAUGUUCGUAGCAAAUACAAUGCAAAAUAUCAGA